AUGGAACGGCGCGUGGAUCCGGCAGAUGGCGGAUCCUACACAUUCCAAGAUUUGAGCAGAUACUAUGCCAAGCAGUACAGCAAACAGGAGAUUCAGCACUACUGGAACAGUCAGUGCAAGCCCCUGGCACCAAACACUGCAGCCGUCCUCCAAGACCCGGAUCUGGAGCGGCUUGCGCAGGCCAAAGUUUGCUUCUGCCCAGAUCCAAAGACAUCAGGUGCAGCUUUCACUCCGAUUUUCGAGUCAUCCAGCGGCGGAAAGAACUUCGCCUCAGUCAAUGCUGGAAAUCCGAAGAAGUUGAAGGUAGGAGGUGGAACAAUCAACGGGCAGUUUGCACAGGAGCUGCGCCGGGUGGCUGGUCACGAUCCUGACAGUUACAGUCCAGCACACGAGGCUCUGCUUCGCGUGGCUGUUCAGGCAGGCACGGCAAGGCAUGGCCUGGUUCAAGCCCCUGCUUCGCUGCGGUUGCCACCAUGUUUGGAGGCUGCCUUCAUCUACCUAGGAAGGACACCUCCCGAGGCUGAACAGAUCGCGGGCGACUCCGGCCGGGGUGGUCUCGUGAUUCUGGACAUCUUCGAGACGAAGUCACGGCCGUACCAUGACCAGAACGUGGCGAUGGUGUACACAGUAGGUCCCCAACGGGGAUUCGAGCCUGAUGAUGCGACGUUUCUGUCGAAAGUGCGCCUAGUCGGCCGCAAUGUUGCAGCCGCUUGCCACGACUACAACGUGCAGCGGUCGUCGCAGGCGCCGGCAAUCGACCAGGUUCGCCUUUGUUUGGUCAGCGGAGGCAAAUUCGCCGAGCGAGUGCCCAAGGAGCAUGUGGCUCGACAGCUCGUGCUCGGCGUGAUGGAUGUGCAGCUGGCAGAGUGGAUCAGACCUGAAGCCAUGCCUGAGAUCGAGUUCGCCUACGACGGUGAUGUGUUCCGUAAAGAAUGGGACGCCGUGGUCGAGAGAACCUGA